UCCCGCCCGCGCCUGAGAGAGCCGUCUUGCCGACCAAGGCCCUCGGCAUCGCCAGCACGAGGGGCGCCAAACCAGGAGUCGCCAUUUUCUGCGGACGAACCAUGAGGCGAUGUAGCAGGGGCUGAGGGGACCCGAAGGCAUGGAUUGUUGCGGAUGCAUCCGCCCGCGGGGAUGGGCCGACGGUGGGAUAUAAGAAGCAGCGUUGGGCCUGAUCGGGGUGCUGUUUGUUCUGGUCUUUCUCUCCCCACCCUCACCGGCCAGUCCUUCGUUUUCCUCUACGACUCCAAGCUUCUAGCUUUGUGGUUCCUUCUUUGACCACGUACUCUCGCUUCUUUAUACACUCGUUACCAAACCACAACACCACCACCACCACCACCACCAUGCUCCCCAUCACCCUCCUGUCGCUCGUGGCGGCCGCCACCGCCAGCGCCAUCCCGGCGCCCCGCGCCACGCAGUGCACCACGCCCGAGGUGCGCAAGGAGUGGCGCGAGCUGUCGACGGACGAGAAGGCCGAGUACAUCCGGGCGGCCAAGUGCCUGCGCGAGCUGCCCAAGCAAAAGUACGCCGACGUUGCCGCCGUGACGACGCGCAUGGACGACCUCGUCUGGACGCACUUCAAGCUCAACCUCGACAUCCACUUCGUCGCAAACUUUCUGCCCUGGCACCGCUGGUACGUGCAGCUGCACCAGGACCUGCUCCGCAACGAGUGCGGCUACAAGGGGACGCAGCCGUACUGGGACUGGAGCAUCGACGCCGACGCCCUCAACACGGCCCACUCGCCCGUCUUCGACCCCGCCACGGGCUUCGGCGGCGACGGCAGGCGCAUGCCGGCGGGCGCGGCCCCGGGCUUCGAGCGCUGCGUGGCCGACGGGCCCUUUGCCAACACCAACCUCACCAUCGGCAUGGGGUGGCCCGACGUCAACACGGUCGGCAACCGCAGGCACUGCUUCACGCGCGAGCUCAACAACGCCUCGGGGCGGGACGCCGACGGGAAUAUGAUAGUGGGCGACAUGCAGGCGGCGGCGUACAACACGCGCGUCAUGCGCACCGUCGACGGCCUCCCGACCUACGCGCUCAUGCACGACAUGCUCGAGGGCCUGCCGCACGCCCAGGUCCACAGCAUCAUCUUUGGCGACAUGGGCCCGGCCACGUCGCCAAACGAGCCGCUCUUCAUGCUGCACCACGCAAACGUCGACCGCGCCUGGGCCAGGUGGCAGGGCCGCAACGCCACCCGUCUCGCCGACUACUCGGGCUUCAACGACCGCAACAAGGUCAACUCGGCCCACAUCACCGACAAGAUGCCCGUCGUGGAGCUGGCCGACGUCCAGCCCAUCGUCCAGGACUACAUGGACAUCCAGGCCGGGCCGCUGUGCUACACCUACUCCAAGAUGACUCUGUAAGGGUCGUUUGUUUUGAUAAUGCCCAUCUAGCCAUGACUUGUUUUCUUGUUUUCUGAAUCCCAGCCGCACUCAGUAUCUGUUGCAUUUUUUCUCAACGCAUUUUUUGGAGCGACCGCCUUUGUACAUAGCCAUCGACGAUUCACGGAUAGCCUCACGAUAUAAGCAACUAUUCGUUACACACAGGAAUACUGCCAUGUAUCUGACAUGGGAACAUAAUCCACACCAGGAUUCCUCCAAGAUCCAACCCUAACUGCGACCCCUGAAGAGCCCCUGAGCCCCAUUAUUAUAUCGUCGGCAACAAGCGCUGCGCCACUCCCGAAUAUUUGUCCAGCUGUGACGAACAGGUCCCAAAUAGCCAGCUCUAGAGUUGUGGUGUUGUACAUUCAUCAAUCAUGGACUUAUCAUAUGCUACAAGGUAGAUAAAAAAAAAAUACCUCAAAGGAGAGGCUUUAAAAAGCAACAACUUUUCUCCCCAUUACUUCCCCCUACCCUUCACAGACGGGUACGACA